GUAGAAAUUCAAUAGCCCAACAAAUCGAUCAAAUCCAUAUUCUCGACCAUUUCCUCCCAUUCCCUAAACUGCAAAUCCCACCUGAACAGCCAUAGCCUUCCUCCGGAUCUAUGAUAAGAUCGUCAUGCUCUCUUCUCUACCCGCACUUGUUUCCUCAUACAGAAGCUUCAUCAUCCAAGCGGCGUUCGCUUCCUCCCUCGCUCUCCUCCUCCACUUCUUCAGCAUCUUCGAUCUGUUUCUCAAUGGCCUCUUCACAUAUAUCCACCCAGACGACGUCAAUCCAUCUUCUUCUUCUUCUUCUUCAAAUGGUGUCCGGGCUGCGAUUCGGCGCCCGGGCAGUGUUGAUUCCGAACCCAAGCCCAGGAAAAAGCCCAAGCAGAAUUUCGAAUUCGAUGAGAAUAAAGCUCAGAUCUUUCGGCUGAAGCUCGUAGGCUCCCACCUCCAAACAAGAAUUUAUUUCAGUGAGUUCAAGGGUUCCUUCAAUUCCACUUUUGUUGCUCUUUCCUGCUUCUUGCUUUCCCGGGUCUCCCAGGAAUUCGGAUAUUCCUGGGUUUUAGGAAAUGGAUCUGUGGUUCCUGUUUUGUUAGGAUGUUUUGCAUUGUGUAGGGUUAUUCUGUUAUUGGCGAGGACUGCUUUUGAGAGGUCUGCUUCCAAGAGUGUAGAGAAGCAAUUGAGUUUUCUGAUUGGGAUUUUUGGGUUUGUGCUGGGGCUGAUCAUAGUUUAUGGUGUUGUUCCUAAAUGGAUUCUUGACUUUGCUUUUGGAUCAUUGGAUGGUUUCGGGAAGCUCCUUACUUCCCUGUUCAUGGGCUGCGUUUCCGGCCUCCUUUAUACCCCGGCAUCAAGGACUGCCCGGUCAUUUUGGCUUGGAACCGACCAGACUCGUUGCAAUUUGUCUAUAAUCUCUUGUGGGUGGUUUGCAAGAAUGCUUCUUUACGCCAACUAUCUGUUGAUCCUCUUUGCUUCAUUGCUUUGGAUUAGUCCUUUUACGGAGCUACUCGUGAACAAGAAUCUUGAUCAUAAGAAAGUCCGGUCUGCUUCAACCAAGCUGGUUGGGAAUGUGGGCAUGUCUACAUCAGACUUUGAUAGAUUUCGACACUGGUGUUUAUUUGCUGCGGGUAUUCUUCAGAUUGCGACUCUUCGUUCAAACGUCCAAAUGUACUUGAACGAAGCAGUUCUAUGCUGGUACCAGAGACUGCAUUGCAGCAAAGUCCCCGAGUUGGAUUACAGCAGGGCCAAGGUUUUCCUUCACAACCAUCAUCUAUGUCUCGUGGCUUUGCAGUUUUUCGUGCCUGCUUCAAUGGUGCUUCUCUUCAAUGCUUUGUCUGAGAUUGGCGCGGAUGAGCUGACCGCAAGUUUCCCAUGGGUUAGUAGUCUGUUGCCUUGCCCUUUGUUGGAUAAAGAAGUGCCCUUGUUUAUGGCUUGGUGGGUUGUCUUUGUUUGCGCCGCUGUGAAUUCAACAGUUCUGGCUUUGUAUCGGCAUGGAAUCUUGUACGUUUCUUGAUGAUUUGGGUGUUUUGAUGUGUGUGUGUGUAUUCUUUCUAUCCCACUUUCUAGGGCAUAAUUGUUUCCUUCGUAGAUCAGGGUUGUUAAAGAAAGUGAAGCAAGUAAGCAACCAUACCAGUUGUAACAUUUUUUUUGGGGGGGAUUAGAGUGAAAGACUGAAAGUCAUUUAACUUCAAAACAAACACUUCCUCUUCUU